UUCUUCUUCUUCUUCUUCUUCUUCUUAUCUCUGUCUCUCUCUUUUACAGAUAACUGAAAAAUGGUGAACGUGGACGAAGCCAUGUUGAUGAUGAGAAGGCGCGUGGUUCGACGAAACUUCGGGCGAGGCGGCGGUCCGUUACCAUUCCCCAACUUCUACUGGCUGAUGUACCGAGCAUGCACUGUGAAGGAUGUGCUCCGUAUCAGGACUCCUCGGACGGGCUUCUCCGUUCUCCUCAAAGUUCCCGUCGGAGUUCCGAGGCGUAUCCAGGCGAUGAUAAGAGAAGUGGCCGAGAGGAGGGCUUUUCAAGUGAUCACCAUACCCACCGAGCGUGCCGACUCCACUUACCAGCGUCUCCGAGAGAAAAUGAGGAAGCAGACCAGAAAAUACCAGGCUACUCCUUGGGGGAGGCGACUACUGUCCCUCCGCCGCUCCUCUGAAAUUGCCAGAAACAGAGCAUGGGUGGACAACAUGUACUCCGUACGACAAGUGAUGGACGCGAAUGUCGAUGAAUAUGACCAGAGGGAUGUUUUUGCCUGUGUCCGAUAUGCAGAGAUCCGAGCUGAAGACAUUCCACCGGAUGCUGAGAGGAGGGAACUAAAGGUGCGGGGCCCCGACGACCUGUACCGCUUUCGUCGAGGCUACGGGGACGCGCCGCCACCCAAGGUUUUUGUCGUGCCCAGAGACGUUAAUAAUGGUGUAUACAUUAUGACGGGGUUCGUGGUGGAUCGGUUUCUCCAUGCCGGGUUGGUUCGUGCGGAUCCAUAGACUAAUUGUAACGCAGUACUGCUAAUAGCUGACAUUGAAGAGUGAGAGACUGCUACUAGGGAAUGAUCGGGAAGCUAUAUAGCGCUUUUGGCUACCAAGUUUAGACUUUACUGGAUAUGUGUUUUUAGUACGUAAUUGAACUCCUAGGUAAUAUUGCAUGGGUUCCGUUAUAUUUCGUGCCCAAGAGAUUUCUUCCUUAUCCUAGUAUAUGUACUUGAACUACUAGCUGGUAGUUUAUGUGAUGCGUGCCCUAAAGAUUUCUCUAAUAUUCGGUUGUUCGGUUUA